AUUCCGCUCCUGCGUGGCUCGGUAGGGUCAGGGAGCUUCCCGUGAGCAGAAGCAGCUCGCGCCCCGGUGCUUGUGGGACUGGAUCCCGUUGUGUCUGUGACUUGACAUAACUGGCCAGGGAAGUGUGCCCCUGCCCAACAGUCGAGCUGGACUCUGCUGAUACCCAUGUUUCUUCCUUCCCGAGUUGAGCUGGAAUUUUCUGGAAGUUCUGCUCCAAGUACAUGGUGCACUUAACAUCGUUCUCAAACGAAUUUUUCUGUCCUGAGGUUACCCGUGGAAACCCGCUUGGAGGUUAUGGACGAUAAGCCCGAGCCUGGAACCCUGACUGAGAAUUCGGAAGUUCUCUUCUCCUUUGGAGUGAUAGCAGAUAUCCAAUACGCUGAUUUAGAAGAUGGCUAUAACUUCCAAGGCAACAGGCGGAGAUACUACAGACACAGUCUGCUUCACCUACGGGGUGCUAUCGAGCACUGGAACACGGAGGGCCGCCCGCCCCGCUGUGUGCUUCAGCUGGGAGAUCUCAUUGACGGAUAUAACGCGCAAUACAAAGUGUCCGAAAAGUCGCUGGAACUUGUUAUGAACACCUUCCAGAUGCUCCAAGUCCCCGUUCAUCACACGUGGGGGAACCACGAGUUCUAUAACUUCAGCAGACACUACCUAACAAAUUCUAAACUUAACACAAAGUCCCUAGAAGACCGGAUUGUGCGUGAUCCCAAGACGGUGCCUGCGGAGGAUUACUACGCUUAUCACUUCGCCCCGUUUCCCCAGUUCCGGUUCAUUUUACUGGAUGCUUACGACCUGAGCGUCUUAGGCGUGGAUCAGUCCUCUCCGAAAUACCAGCAGUGUCUGAAGAUACUGAGGGAGCACAAUCCAAACUCGGAGUUGAAUAGUCCGCAAGGACUUUCUGAGCCCCAGUUUGUCCAGUUUAAUGGAGGAUUCAGCCAAGACCAGCUGAACUGGUUGAAUGAAGUUCUCACAUUCUCUGACACAAACCAGGAAAAGGUGGUGAUUGUGAGCCAUCUUCCCAUUUACCCAGAGGCCUCCGACAGUGUGUGCCUGGCCUGGAAUUACAGAGACGCCCUGGCGGUCAUUUGGUCUCACAAGUGUGUGGUGUGUUUCUUCGCCGGUCACACUCACGAUGGUGGCUACUGUGAGGACCCCUUCGGUGUGCACCACAUCAAUCUAGAAGGGGUUAUUGAAACGGCUCCGGACAGCCAGGCUUUCGGCACUGUUUAUGUCUAUCCUGACAAAAUGGUGCUGAAAGGUAGAGGCAGAGUUCCAGACAGAAUUAUGAAUUAUAAGCGGGAAAUCCAGCUUUAGUCUGAUUUAUCUUGUUCAUGGCUAUAGAGGGAGAGUGGUGGCUGAGCGCUGUUUUUGUCUCUCUCUCCCCUCCCCCGGUCCUCAGGCUGAUUGUGUAGUGUUCUAUUUGCAUAACAAAAUGUAUUUAUGGCCUCAGUACGCGCUAGCUCCUGAGAUAUUCUGAAAUGUCACUUCUGGGUAAUCUAUCCAGCACCGAGGAUUGGAAACAGAAUGAAUGAAAGCCGCCUGAGUCAUCCAGGGAGGAGAGGCGGGCGGCGUACUUCUCAAAACUGACUUCAUUUAGCCUUAUCUGAUUUUUUUUUACUUUUUACAAGGAGGAUGUAUCCAUGUAUUAACAUGUAACUUAAAAUUCGUAAUAAAAAAAUAAAACCAGCUCAGGUAAGCUUUCU